AUGGGCUCCUUUGUGUAUCAUCUGGUGGAAGCUGGUUGGAUGAUGGUAGUGCAGGUUUUUUUGCUCAAGGCACAACAUUUUCAUCAGACGAAUCCGAGGAAUCGACCGCUUACGUCGUUUGAGAAGGGUAUUAUUGGGACGGCAUUUUGGAUCACGUUUUUGCUGGGGGGCGCUCUAUGUCGGUUGCUUCUGAGAUUCUCGCAAACUGUCAUAUCCGGAAAUGGCGAACUUCCAACGACGCCGAAUGUGGAGGGUGGAUCUGGGACUGGUCGAUUCGUGUAUAAAGUGUUAGCAACAUGGCUCAUUCACAAGGCUGUGAAUUUCAUCCUCGAGACCGUCCUUCCGUUUUGGGACGAACUAGCCCGUGACUCCUCCAAAGCACGCCAGAAACUCGAAGUACGUGCGUCGGAACUGCUCGAAGGGAUCCAGGACUUCAUCCAAGGAAAAGGGUUUGGGGCCGGACAGGUGCAGGUGUUACGCAGCGGCCAGGAAAUCAGUCUGGAACGACGACAGGUUAAUGAUCCUGUGCAUGGACAGCGGACGUUGGAUUGGAAUGUUGUGGUGGAUAAGACGGCGUUGAAUGAGAUGAUGGAGACGUUGGGUCCGCCGGGCGGGUUUGGGGAGAUGGGGUUUAAUGUUUCGAGGGAUGGGGUGUGUUUUGAGGCGAUGGGGGUGGGGACCAGGUUUAAUCUGAAGUUUGGGUUGAGUGGGAGUAAGACUGGUGAUGGGGGUGUGGAGGUGAAGACGAAGAAGAGACCGCCUUUGAAGGGGAGGAGUAAUACGAAGUAG